AUGGGUGAACACGAGUACGACACGUCGGCACCUCACGAAAACAUGACGGCCGGCAAAUACAUCACCACGCGUCUCCCGACGCUCAAACCUCCCAUGCACCAACUGCAGAACCCGAUAAAACUGCUGCGCAUGCUCAACGCGCAGCAGUGGGCAUUCUUCUUUGUCGCAUUUGCGGCAUGGACGUGGGAUUCGUUUGAUUUCUUCACUGUUUCUUUAUCGGUGACGAGUCUGGCCAAGACAUUUGACAAGACAAAGACGGACAUCACAUGGGGUAUCACUCUGGUCCUCAUGUUCCGAUCAGUAGGAUCUAUCCUCUUUGGUAUUGCCAGCGAUCGAUACGGUCGAAAGUGGCCAUUCGUCAUCAACAACAUUCUCUUCAUCAUACUCGAGCUUUUUUUGGCUUGUCGAGCUCUUUUUGGUGUCGCCAUGGGUGGUCUUUACGGUAACGCUGCCGCUACCGCCCUUGAGGAUUGUCCCGAGGAAGCUCGAGGUAUCAUGAGUGGUAUUCUUCAGCAAGGUUAUGCCUUUGGAUAUCUUCUCUGCGCCGCAUUCGCCCGAGGUCUCGUCGACACCACACCCCACGACUGGCGUCCCCUGUUCUGGUUCGGCGCCUGUCCCCCCGUCCUCUUUAUAAUCUUCCGACUCAUGCUUCCCGAGACGCAAGCAUACCAAGAACGUCAACGUCUCCGCCAAGAGGCCGGGUCGUCCGACGGCAAGGGCAAGGUGUUUGUCAAGGAAGGCAAGGUCGCGCUGAAGCAUCACUGGAUGCUUCUCGUGUACCUCGUCCUCCUUAUGGCCGGCUUCAACUUUAUGAGCCACGGUAGUCAGGAUUUGUACCCCACCAUGUUGGAGAACCAGCUUGGCUUCUCAAAGACAAAGGUCACUGUUACUCAGGUUGUUGCUAACCUGGGUGCCAUGUCGGGAGGUACUGUUAUCGGUUUCCUCAGUCAGUCCAUUGGUCGUCGACUGAGCAUCAUCAUCUGCUGUAUCUCCAUCAUCGCGGCUGCAUUCUUCCAGCAAUUCUGUGUCCAGGGUGCCUGGGGUGUCAUCCCCAUCCACCUGAUGGAACUGUCCCCUGGUGCUUUCCGUACCUUUGUCGUCGGAACAUCCUACCAGCUCGGUAACCUCGUCUCUUCAGCAUCAUCAACCAUCGAAGCCCGUCUGGGAGAGAAAUUCCCCCUCCCCGAGACAGAAAAGGGCGAGAGCCGAUACGACUACGGCAAGGUCAUCUGCAUCUUCAUGGGAUGUGUGUACGCAUAUGUCAUUGUCCUGACAUUCAUCGGUCCCGAGAACCUACGCGGCAAGUUUGACGUUGCCCACGACUCGGAUGCUCGCGAGGUUGUUGGUUCUCAAGCCAUGGAGAACGCAGCCAUGCACCACCGCAAGGCUAGAGAUGAGGAAGAGAACGAUCCCAGGAUCAGUGGAGAGAAGGCCGAGGUUACACAUGUUCGGGAUUAGAUUUAAAAAGGAUUUAAGGGGAGGCCUGAGGCGAUUUGGUGAGGAAAAAGCCCAGACGAUGGAUAAUCGUGGAGGAUUUGUCAAGAUGCCUUGUCUCUGACAUGAGCGUCUGGUAUAUGUUAGCAUUUUAUGAGUUAUGAAUUGAAAGCAUGAA